CGAACGAAAGGACUUUUUCAUAUACAUCGAUGUUGAAUUAGAAGUAUUAUUAAUGCAGCAUUCCAGAAUCUAGAUUUAAAAUAAUUAAAAAUAUUUCAGUUCUAAGCGACGGAAAGGUAACAAUAGUUUUUUGUAAUCGAACUUUUGUACUAACGUUUGUAAUCGAACUUUUGUACUAACGUUUGUAAUCGAACUUUUGUACUAAACUUGUACACUUUAACAACAGAGUGCAUAGUACCAGUGGCAGUAAUAUCCUAAUAUUCUGCGUAGGAUUAAGACAUGAGACUCAUUCACAGUAUUAUUGAACGUGAAUGCACAGUAUACUGUUUUGAUAUGUUAAACGACACGAGAAGAAAAAAAAACAAUUUAUACACGAAUUAUGUCGACGUAUGUGUUCUUGUAAUAUCCAGAUAUGCUACCAACGAAAAAAGUGCUUAGGACCUAGCAUUUCCUCUCGAUAAUGUUUCUGAGAAUGGGAGCAAACGUGUUCGUAUAUUGUUUAUUCUAUGUAAUGUAGGUAGACUUUUAAUUUAGGUGUCGACUACAUACCAGAGCUCAGAUCGUGAUAUUCGAGAAAUUGCAGAAGCAGUUAUUGUACAUGUGGUACAAGUGAAAUGCAUCAGUAUAGUUUUUAUUUGUCCUGUACAUGCUAGCUAAUUUUUGUAUUUACUUCUUCGAUCAUUCGUUUCUUUGUUUCCUUAUAAGUAAAUUCAUGAUUAUGCUAUGUAUUUUCAGGAGCCUCUUAUAUUGUUGAACGUUUCUCACAUUCUUUUCAUACGAAUAGGGCCUCUUUAAUAAUGUAUUAUUUCUAUGUAAAUGCUUCUUCGGUGCUUCUUUUCACAUAUACCAUCAUACAAGUGUGAUUGAAGUAUUCUAAGUGUAUGCUGAUAGUAUUUAGUUUUAUUGAAAUUAACCGGAGGUAUUAAAUAAGUUUAAUACUUUUAUAAUGAAAGAUUCUAAUAACAUACUAGUCAUACUCGUCGCCGUUUUAUAUUUUUAACAUUAAUCUGGUCAUCAAAUUUAGUAUCUACUAUGCGUUUGUUUUUAAGAGAAACUAACUAACAUUUUCAUGGUACGACUGUUUUGUGAUAGAAAUAAUGGGUACGGCUGGCCAUACUGCUUAAUGCAUGGAAUAAUAUUGUCAACGAAUAAAUUUAAUAAAAUUUCUAAUGUCAUCACUUGUACUAAUGUUACCUCGCUGAUCAUUACUCUGUUCGCAAGUUCAGUAUGGUUGAUUCAUUGUAUGAUUAAUACAGACCUUUUGUAAUUGUAUUUUAAUUUUUUCGCAUAAAAGUGGAAAAGAACAAAUAUGUAAGGCGAAUUAUUUAAUCAUUCUCAUUUCUUGUAUUAUAUGAGUGUAUUAAACGUUGUACUUACUUUUCAUGAUUCUUUAUAGAUAUUGAAUUAUUGCAUAUUCUCUGUUAUUAGAUAUAAUCGUAUACUGAUCAUUAAAAUAGCAGGAAGAAAAGGGCGAAUCAAUUGCAAAAUGAUAUUAACAUAACAAAUAUAUAAUUCAGAUGCUUUGUACUUUACAAAUGUAUUCCUUUCAGUUUAUGUAAAAUAACACAUGCAAUAAUAAACUAAUGUUAACAGAACCAUGUUACAGUUUUUGGAAGAAGAAUUAAUUUGAAAUAAACUUCCAACUAAUAAUGUAAUUAUUAUUUAUUCAAGCACACCCUAAGACCUACAUGUAUGUACAUAAAUGUUAAUUAAAAUUGAUUAGUGUAUGUGUAGUUGAUUAAUUAAUAAAUAUCAUUCAUUUAAAUCCCAUCAUAGCAUGACUUUAAAAUUGUAGAAAACUUUAAAACCAUUUUGAAAUGGCGGAGAAUAGAUUUGGCGAAAAUUUAAUGAACCUACAAUGAAAAAUGACCUGGAAUGGUAGUGGGGGUUGCUUGAAAAAAAAUAGCAAUAAAAUGGACCGACAGCUUGGUGGGGAGGCCUGACUUUGUCAGAAGAAACAAAAAUCGAGCGAAUCAGUUCUCUUAUCAACCGUGUCGGGGAAACAUACUUCCGUGACCGCUUUCGUGUCCGAACCGCUUCCGGUUAUAAUUAAUCGAAAAGUUUUCAACCUCUAUCAUUCUGAUUAUUGAGAGUGUUUUUGAUUUCCAUGAAUUAACCGAAUGAAAAGUGAUUCACUACGUGUACACCUCGUUCAAAAAGUUAAUUUUCGUCUAUGGACUCUAUGGCAUUCUCAGCGAAAAAGUUUCCACCCUCUUUAAUGGAAAAUGCAUUGUGCCUUGGGUAUGCAACAGAUUUGGUGAUCGGCUGAAGGAAUUGAUCACCUGGUAGCCAUGAACCUCGCGCUGCAUGGAUUUUUGUUGCAGGUUUUCGUGUCACUCCUCAACCUCCAGCAUGGCUCCUUGUUAUGCAGCGCGGGGGAACCUGGCUAUUUGGACUUCGACAACCUGCCGGAGACGAACUUCUCGUGUCAGGGAAAGGUGAUCGGUGGAUACUACGCUGACGUUGAGGCCGGAUGUCAGAUGUUCCAUGUUUGCACCAUCGGUCAGAAAGACGAGAUUAUGGACAUAAAGUUCCUCUGUCUGAACGGAACCGUCUUCGAUCAGGAAACCAGGGUCUGCGAAAGAGUGGACGAGGUCGAUUGCAGCAAGAGCGAGAGAUUCUACAACUUGAACUUGGAGCUUUAUGGCAACAACGCUGUCACCUUAAGUUUGCACGAGAACAGCGAGGAUGACAUCGACCCCCUAGACGCCAUAGAUGAUCAUCAGCAGCGCACCACGUCAGCGAGACCUUCGACAACGUCUACAACGACUUCCACUACCUCCAAGCCCAACAAACCGUCGACGACUCCAUCUUCGAGCACUUUCUCCCACCCGACAGGUUACCCUCAGCACUUCCAGCCCCAGCCACCGUUCCCCCAGGUGCACACCAGUCAGUCUAAAUCCCUGUACGACGACAAGAACGGCGGAUACCAUCAUCAGUACAUUUUCCACAAUGGCGAGAGGAAUAACAACCAGCAGGCUACUUCUUACCAGUUGUUCAGCAACCAAGGAGUUAGCUCUACGACUGUCCAGCCACCCCAGGUCCACCAGAUCAGGUUCAGCUCGACGUCCAGCCCGCAGAUUAUACACAACGAGCCUUCGACAGUGUCUCCGUUAUUCCAUGCGACGUCCUCUACUAUACAGACGCUUUUGAGUAAUAAUGGGAACAGUCCGGCUUUGAUUAAUCCUAUAUUCCACAAUCAUGGGAUUUCCAGCACUACGGAGCAGUUCACGCUGCAUAAUAACAACCCUAGGGAGACUUCUGAGUACCGCGAGGCCGGGGAACAGAAUAUAAGGCCUCUGGAAGCUGUUCAGUCGACCAGUAAAGGAAAGGUCUCGAAGCUGACAAUUUCACCGGUGCCAACUCCCUCAGAGCCACCUCGACUAGUCCAAACGAAGACCAGCCAGAGCUCCCAGCAGCAAAGAAUCACAGGAAACUUCCUGCCAACCCCGUCCACUGAUGAAACGACAGUUAGAUCUUUCUACCCAACGCUGAGAAGUGCAACGAAAUCAACUCAGUCUUCCCAGUCCACCAGUGAGCAAGUCACACAGCACAUCCACGUGUUACCACCUGUGCCAAUACCCCAGCUCAAACCCCAUCAAAUCACUAUCAACCUGCCACCGCCAGACAUUCAGCGAAUCGUGCAGAACCCAUCGCCUUUGCUACCAUCCCAGUCCAGAGUGAUAGUCACUGCUAAAGCCAGCGUCAGCGAUGAGUCAGGCAGACCCCUGAACACUACACAGUUGGUCACUCUGCCUCUGCCAACAAUUCCAGCUAGCUACGACGACUACAAGGAAGGGGAUGAAUCCUUCGAUCCAUUUUACAGGGAUGUCCCUAAGAUUCGUAAUGCUAGACGUGUCGGCGUCAGCAGGACUUCGCUGAGACUCAAGAGGUCCGUGGGCCAGACGAAGAAUUCCAUGGUCUCCUUCGUCUAUGGAGGCGACAGGCCCAAGAGACAAGAAGUCCAAGUGGUAGACAUCAGUGAUAAGAAGAAAGUUGCUGUGGAUGACGGGCCUAAGGACUUCACAGCCAUCAAAGAGAGUCUGAUGAAGUUCAGGGACAUCCUCUUCGGGACUGAGUUCAACGAGGACAGCAUUCGCAGUGUUUUUGGAGCUAGCAAUCUCCAGGGAGCUAAACCUAACAGAAAACCUAGAGCCAAGGUGAGUUUGGAGGACUUGGAGCCAAAGGCUUCGAAGAAUUUCAAAGCUAGAGAAUAUGAUGACAGUGAAUACGACACGGAGAAUAAAAACGAUAGAGCUGACGAUGAGGAGUACUUCGAUGGUGAACCUGUGAAGCUGGAUACGAAGGAGUCCGAUGCUGAAGAGUACAUUGAUGUUAAGGACUAUAAGGACGAUGAGUCAGAUGUGAAAGAUUCUGGUUCAGAUGAGGUAAAAGGUGACGAAGAUGAUCCUAGCGGCUCUAAGGAAGAAGAAAAUAAGGAAGACUCUUCGAAAGAGGUAGAUGAUGGUGAAGCAAAACGUGCUGAAGAAAAACGUGUCCUAGAUAUUGUGAUUCUUGAUCCAAACGAGUAUCUGAAGACGAAAUCCUCCGACAUGGACGGCGUCACUGAAGAGGAAGCUAUGUCAACUGAUGUCCCUAUACUUUCCACGACAGAGCAGACUACUGAACCUAUACUGUCUACUGACAUCGACUCAGCAAAGAAGCAAGAUGCUAAAGAUGCAACAGAACAGACUGGCACCACGAAAACUGCUAGAUACUCUUCAAAGUUUGCUCAAAGGGAUUCUACUAAGGAAGAUGUUAAGCCUGACAGUCCAAAAAGUAGCAAACAGCCUAAGAAGAUAGAUGACAAGGAAAAAGAAGGACCAACCGAAGAAAAAGCACAAAAAUCUAAAGAAGAACUGAAACCUAAUGCCAAGAGGAAAAGUUCUAGGAUCAGAUCAUCCUCGGGGAAGAUAUCUGCAAGGAAAAAGGACCUGAAGAAUGAAGAAAGUAAACUGCAAAACGAUGAGGCUGCAGAGCCAGUUGACGACGAAGUUGUUGAAGAAAAGGUAAUCGCCACGACUCCAGUCAUAGAUUCUGAGAUUGAACAAAUUGACAAGCACAUUUUCGACGAGCCAGAGUCGAUGACUUCCAAAGAAGUGGACACUAGGGCUGUAGGACAUCGCACAGGCUAUGGGAAAAGUCAUCAAGGUGGAAAGGAUGAAAAGAUAGGAAAGGAUGAUCGUAAAGAUGCGAACGAGUACGAGGUUCUAGACAAGCAUGUGGAGAAUCUGAUGAAAGAGGAGGAACGUGAAGAAGUGAAGGCACAGGAAGAGUCCACAACUCCUUUGUUGAAAGAUGAAGAGGAGCACGAUGCAAAGUUAGGUUCUGUUGAGAUGAAGGAGAACCUUUCGAUAGAGGAGAAAACUUACUACGAAGAAGAAACUUCCAUGGAGGGUAUAGAGGAUGAAUCUAGCACUGACGUCAGUCAUGAGGAUGACGAAGAGACACCUAAAGUCAAAAGCUCUAGGCGAGGGAAGAGCAUGAAGUUCGAGACGUCGUCUAGAGAAGUCAUCACUCACAGACAGGACAAGAGCAGGAAGUUCUCAAAGGGGGAGCAAGAAGAAAAGGAUUCACAGGAGUACUCGACGAUCAAAAGUGAAGAGAUCACUUCCCAGGAAGUAUCCUCUGAGUAUCAUGAUUCUACAGAAGCAUUCUAUGAUAGCCACGAAGAGAACGAUUAUAAAGACCCUAAAGAUCAUGAAGACCCAAGCUCCUCUGAGAACAAUUCAAAAGACACUGAGACUUCUAGGGAAGAGACUGUCGAAGAGAACGACGAGGAAGCUAACGAUCAGGAGGAUAGUACCGAGGGGAUCUUGAAAUUCACAGAUGAGCUGCCUAAGGAGAAGAAAGAGGACUUGUCAGAGAGCAAGAAGUCUUCAGAGUCUGUUGAGAAUAGUGCCCAUGACUAUGUAGAUGACAAUUAUGAGCCUGACAAUUAUAAGGAGCGCGAGGAUUCGAAUUCCAAGGACGAUAAAAAGCAAAAGAAGGUUAAGGAUAAAAAGAUAGAAGAUAAAGUAGCUAAUGAUAAUGAAAAAGGCGAAGAAACUGACGGUUACAAGGAGCGUGAGGAUUCUAAUCUCAAUGAUGAUAAAAAGAAGAAGAAGGUUAAAGACAAGAAAGUAGAAGAUAAAGCAGCUAACGAUAAUGAAGAGGGCAAAGAAGCUGAUGCGUACAAGGAGCGUGAGGAUUCUAAUCUCAAUGAUGAUAAAAAGAAGAAGAAGGUUAAGGACAAGAAGGUAGAAGAUAAGGCAGCUAACGAUAAUGAAGAGGGCGAAGAGCCUGAGGAUUACAUGGAGGAUAAGGAUUCCAAUCUUCAUGAUGAUAAAAAGAAGAAGAAGGUUAAGGACAAGAAGGUAGAGGAUAAGGCAGCUAACGAUAAUGAAGAGGGCAAAGAACCUGAGGAUUACAUGGAGGAUAAGGAUUCCAAUCUGAAUGAUGAUAAAAAGAAGAAGAAGGUUAAGGACAAGAAAGUAGAAGAUGAGGCAGGUAACGAUAAGGAAGAGGGCAAGGAACCUGAGGAUCACAUAGAGCAUGAGGACUCUAAACUCAGCGACGACAAAGGGCACAAAAAGGUUAAGGACGUGAAAAUAGAGGAUGAGGUAGCUAACGAUAAUGAAGAAGGCAAAGCAGACAAAGUAGACUUUACAACCGCCAUGAUAGACACUGAAACUGAGAGAACAGAAGAGAACACUGAGAAAUCUGACGAUGACGCCCACUUGUCGCAAACGACAACGUCCACAACAACAACAACUACUACAACAACGACUACCACUACUACAACUGUUAGACCAACACCUCCAAAACUGUUCAAGCCAGUCUCAGCCAGAAAGACCUACGCGUACAUUCCUCCUACGACGACCCCUAACCCCGUCGUCAUCAAACCUAGGAUCAGUCUGCUGAAUCCCAAGCCAGCAAAGCCGCCCAAGUCUUACAACGAGCUAGCACCCAAGCCUGUCAUCAGGAAAUUCCCCUUAUUAGCCAGGAAAUCAGUCACCACAGUUCCUACGAUUACGAUGAAGGAAAUGGAUUCAACUGAAGUGCCAACGACCAUGACAGAAACACCAGUGACUGAAGCUGUCAGCACCACCGAGGCUGGCAAGAGCGAAGAGAAUGUGUUGGAGGGGAAAUUGGACAAGGACCAGAGUAAGGAUGAAGGUAAAGACCAGGAGAAACACCAGGAUAAAGAUGAAGCUAAGGACCAAAACAAGAACCAGGCUAAUGAAGCCAAAAGUCCUAACGUAUCCGUCGAGCCAAUGCAAAGAGAUCAAAUUCCCAGCAGAAACAAUGGCGACCAAGAUUCCAGUCCCUCCGAGCAGAAGUCCCCAACCAACGUGAAGAAAGAGGACAAAGAGGACGCAGAGCAUACAACCAUCAUCCCUGAGACCUUCACACCCUACCCAGUAACCAGACUAUCGACCCUAGCAUCCACGAUCCAAGAAACUCUAAAGGAAAUCGAGUCGACCACCGAAAUACCAACGACACCGAAGAGCUACUCGUUCAUCGAAGUGGAGAUCCUCAGCACGACAGUUCCUCCGGUAGCUACCAUACCCAGCGAGCCUGAUCACGUAGGAACGACUACCAUCAACACACCAGAGGAAGCUUCGACAGAAUCCACCAAGACUCUACAGGAUUCUACGGCGAUGUCCUUUAUCGCUGAGACCUCUACCCAGCCUACUCCUGAAGCUGUUAAGAGCUCCGUCAAAGAACCCGACGAACUGGUGGCAGCGACCAUCAGGUCUUCCAGUCGGAAGGCAGCGAACCUGAGAAAGGAAGACGGCUUCAACUGCUUGGAGAAGGAGAUGUACCGUUUCUACGGUGAUAACAGAGACUGCAGGCUGUUCCACUAUUGCUCUCCUGGCUUCACCUCGAGGCAGGUCCUCGACUUCCGGUUCGUCUGCGAGGAGGGCACCGUGUUCGACGAGGGUAGCCAGAGCUGCAGACACGACGUCCGGAACAGAAUGUGCCCGAACAGGAAAUGGUAACGCUCCUAAGCGCUCUUCGUGGCUGGCCAGCUGUUGAUUUUGGUAACUGGUGAAUCCGUGGACUCCCCUAGUGUAUAUUUAUAUAUUGUUAAUGGGCAGGGCCCGUAGCGGUCCCAUCCUUUCCUGAAUAUUGCCAUAACCUUGUACAUGAUGAUGGAUUCGCACUUAUUGAAGUUAACGAUCGGGCUCCUUGGACCACGGAGAGCCGAAGAAAGGACACUAAAGAGGAUUCGAUGUCUCGGUAGGCUGUCCCGCUGGAUCAGGAUUACGUCGAUGACGUGAUUAGAUGUAAAAGGCAACGUUAAUCCCUUGACCUAUGAUUUAUUUCUUAGCUAUGAUCGAUGCGACUACUGUGUCGUUAAUACGUUGCGUGCCGCGCGAUUUUGACAAGAAAAGUAUGUGAAAUGAAAAUAAUGGAAUAUCAAAUUAUGUAAUCGAAUUGCGUUAUUAUUAUUAUUCUUAUACACUGCAGUAGGUAGUUUUACUUGUAAUAUAGAAAAGUUUUCAAAUAAUCAUCGUUUAAUCGAAUAAAUUGUAGUAAUUCGAUUUGGUUGGCGUCACCGGUGAGCUCCAUGGCACCCAACGUGUUAAUAACUUAUUAAGAAAAAUCACGAUUCACGCUUAUUCAGAGCAAUAUUUAAUUUAUAUUUAAGAAAUAUAAAUAACACUUAGAUUUUCAAAAUUCAAUUUCCGCCACGAGUCUGACACUAUAUUGUAGGUGAAGGGGUCGAGAACGAAGGUUGCAAUUGUUCAAAGACGAAAUAGAAAAUUUAAUUUACCGUCUUUAUUCUGUUGGAUAGAAUUUUUCGAAUUACCGUAAAGAGGAGAGUUAUGUUACUGUACUGUUUGUAGAGUUAUGUUCAUUUAGAGGAUUCUAUUUAUUAGGACAUUGCUCGACAUGGUCCUGUUAACAACUGAUCAACAACACAGUUGAUUGUUUUACAGCUUCUGUUUUAUCUUAUACAUUCUAAAUUUUAUACGAACAGCCAGACACCUGCCGAGACUCGCAACGAAUUCUAGGGUUAAAGUUCGAAUUCGUCGUAAUUUAUGUGUAACAAAAAGUAACUAGCAACUGUCGGGCGAGGAUAUUCGCCGCGAGAAACGGUCGCGCGAACCAUUGGGCGACGAACCAGUCGCUUCAGCAACAUAGGAUCCUGCAUUGCUCAAACGUCCGCGUUCCAGCGCGGAACACUCGAUUCGGCGGGAUCGGGUCCGUCGGCUUGAUGCAACUGCACAAAUUGUACAUUUAGGUUUACAUCGAUGUAGGUUUAACGAGUGUGUACAGCGACAGGGCGCACGAGUCGAGGAGAAACGCGGACGGACUCGCUAAAUACUCGAUAUUUGUCCCCCGUAGCCCACGAUCGUGCUUUUGACACUGGAACUACCGAACAGCUCGAAACAGCCCAUUAUUGACUUCCUCUUUUUGCGAUCAUUGAAAAGAUAACAGAAGUUUCUAGAAGAAAUCACCAGAGAAAUUGAUUUAGCAACACGCGAACCGAAUUGCGAAUCAAUCGAAGUCUCGAUAGUUGCACUUUUCAAGUUUCCGCAGAGAAAUUUCGGAAAGUCGGCCUGACUGCUAGGUAGUUCUAGUGUUGAUCGAUCGGAUCUUCAUGAUUUCCUGGCGACCGCUCUAAUCAUUCCUACCUUUUAGUUGAUAGGCUUGUUGCGCCGGCGGGAUCAGAGACAGUCGACUUUUAUCGGGAAAUUAAGACACCGAUCGAUGGUUAUCGUUUAGAUACGGAGAAUUGCGUUUGUUGCUUUCGGGAAAUUGAUAGAAACGGACCUGGCUGCUUUCUGAUCUCACCGGUUCAAUUGUUUCGCGGAAAAUCGAUGCGACACUGAGUCGAGAAUCUUUUAGACGUGUGUAUCGUUCGCUCGCCAUCGACCUCGCGAGGCUAAUUUGUCCAAUAUCCUUGCAGACGCCCAUUUUCCGGAAUUCUGUUUGUACCGCAGUCGAGUUUCAUGGAACAGAUUCUACGCGUAGAACGAACUGCAUCGAAGAAGUCGUUUCUCUCGAGAGGAAAUGUUCUUUUCGACGACACGUUAUUCGAAAAUGGAAAAUGUGCAUGUCCAAGCGUUUAUUUUCACAAUUAUAAACGAAUCAUUGUCGAGAAGCAAGGCUUUUGGGAGCCUGGGUCAAAGUGACCCGGCCACCGCCGAACAGGGGUUGGAGACAGGCUCCGCCAUGACGGUAGCACGUGAUCUAUCUGUAUCAGUGGUUCUCAACUGUUUCAAUUAACACUUCAAAAUGAUACAGCACAGAUUUCCUUAAAGUUCCUUUGAGUAAUAUUAAACAGUCUAUAAAACAAAACGAUAAUUUAUUAUAAAGACAAACAACAUUCCAAAACGUUGAUAAAUUGAGAGCCACAGAGUAUAAAUUAUGUUAGUGUUACAGAAAUAGAGGAAUCCGAAUUUACGAAAUGAUUUUUGUCACACGCCAUGUUGUCGCGGGGCGUGUCUCCAAGAUGGACGACGGAUCAAACGGAUGGACGCACUUGAAUAUAUUUUUACAUGUGAACUUAUUCCGCUGCGUUUAGUGAUUCUUACGUAGAUAAUGUGAUAAGUGAUAGAUAUUAUCGAUCGCUCGCGUGUAACCUCGGUCGUCCCUGUAAAUAUCUAUGUGUAUCCCUAUCCUCGAACGAUUUCGCACGCAUGUUCACAGAUCGUGUAAUUUGUAAGGGCCUGUACUGUGUUAAUAAUAAUUGUGUACCACGUGCAAUUCCUCUGGUUCUCUCUUCGCAAUCUCCAAUCUUCCGGAUUUUAUUUAUUUUAGAUUUUUGUAAUUGUAUCCCCUCUCCCCGAACCCUCCCCCCAGCCCCGCAUCCAACAUUUUUCUAUAUUUAUAUAACGAUUGUUUGGAGAACUGUGCUUGGAAUUUGUUUCUAACGUAACACAGUGCUGCGGGAUGGAACAAGAAACAUAACAAAAGAAGGAUACAUUGAGAGGCGUAAGAAAUUCGCGUGAAAUUCGCCUUCAAGUGAGUUACACGUGUGCAGAGCGCAUGCGUAAGUAACUUCAUUAACGCGACAACUCUUUGUUCUUUUUUGCUCGACCACUUGAUCCUGCAGCACUGAAUAAUAUUUCUAAGAAGGAUAUAGAUCAUCGGCGGAUAUCGUUUAAGCCAAUAAUGUAUAGGUAUGCAAAAUGCAGUGACAAGGAGGUAAUUCAUUACGGAGAAAUAAACGAACGAAAUUGACUAAUUGUUGUCUUAUUAAACACCAUCCAUUCUGACCGAUGCAUAACGAGCAGAUUUAAUGUAGAUUAUUCAAUAUUCCACGUCGGACGAAUCCUUAUUACAACGGAAUAAAGUUUAUUUAAUAUAAA